UUCGACUAAAAAAAUAAAAAAUAGCUGUUCCCUAUGAAUAGCAACGAUGCAAUAAGUCUUGACCGGAUCUAACAAUGUUGCUGAUUCAUUUUCUUAAGUUAAAACAAGCCAAUCUGUUUAAUUAAACAAAUGAUAAAUAUAUAAAUUCCCCAUAAUUAACCUGGAAUUAAUAAUACGAAAUUAAAAAUAUGAUUAAUCAGAAACAGUCAGUUCCCGCCAGUGACAGAUAGAACUAAUUAACUACUAAAUUACGAACAUACCCUCAUCGCAGAUGCCUGACUUACCAUGUCACUUCCAUUGAAUUCUGAGCUGGUUCUCCGAUUAACUGCUGGCAACCAGAAUUUCCCGGUAAAAUAAGUUUGACCUCCAGCGAGAAUGCCUUUACAAAUCGACCUAUAUUUGUCUCCCUCCAAAUCCUCGCUCCCGGAUCGGGAAAUCCAGAGAGCAAUCGAUCGAGAGAGGGCUUUAGGGUUUGCAGAAAGAGAAAGAUUUAUGGAUUUAGGGAUUUUACCCAAAUCGAAAUUCCUCAAAUCUUUCUCUUUCUCUGCCCAAUUUUCCCUCUGAUUUCCAAGCCUUAAUUUUCUCCAAAAUUUCCGAAUUUUCGGUUUUAAAAUGUCGUCGAAAACCGAGUACGACGCCGUUCCAAAUCCGAAGACCGACUCCGCCGCGGAAUCCGAUGACGGGGAGGAGUUGAUGCUCGCGAGAAGAAGCGGGUGCUGUUUCUGGAUCCCUUGCUUCGGACCCGAACCCUCCUCUCCCGACCGGUCGUGGGAGCGGAUCCGGUCCGCCGGCGAAUACGAGGAUCCGUGGCUGUACCGCGGCUGGAAGAAGAUCCGGGAGUGGUCCGAACUCCUCGCGGGUCCCAAGUGGAAGACCUUCAUCCGGCGGUUCAACAAAAACAACCCCAGGCGGUCCGGGAAAUUUCAAUACGACCCCACGAGUUACUCCCUCAACUUCGACGAAGGCCCGGGGCAGAACGGUAAUUUGAUUGAUGAUUAUUUGUACAGGGAUUUCUCGUGCCGGUACGCGUCGAUUCCGGUGUCAGCGAAGUCGUCGAUGGAUUUGAGCAGCGACUCGCCCUCCUUCACGUGAGAGUCACGUGAUGAGGGGGGGAUGUAGAGAAAGUGAAAGAAAACGGAGGGAAUUGAUGGGGGGUGUUCUGGGAUGCGCGCAGGGUUUUGCCUUUCGCGGGAGAGUUGACGGCGGAGGAAAUAUGGCCUUAGCCUCCAUAUUUCUUAAAAACUCUUAUGUUUUGUGGUACAAUUUCAUCCCUUGUGGCCCUCUGUUUUGGAUCCUGGUUCCGUCACCGGAGAGAUCUUUGCAUGCGACUAACACGUUGUGAUAUCGUAUGUAUUGUGUAUUAUAUUCAUUUUACAUGACAUCGCGCAAUUGAAUUUAGAUGUCGCGCAUUGUCUUAACAAUUCAGUUGCAUGUAAGUUAUUCUCUUGUUAAUGA